AUGGCAGGGCAACAUGGUGAGGGAACUCCAGUCUCCAAUUUACAGAUUGAAUCUGUGCAAACCGUUACUCCAUUUAAGGAAACUGAUCCACGGCAGAGACGCCAAGUGUUGGUGACGGAUCCAGUUGGUUCAGGGAUCUUCCGGAGGUGCUUUAACAUACUUCUUUACUACAAGAAGGUGGUGGAGGAUGAAUCUGGUUGGAUAGUCGCCGGCUGGAUGAAGGAAUCGAUAGCUCGAGCUUUGGUUCAUCAACCAUUGCUGAGUGGAAGACUACGAAGAGGUGAAGAUGGCCAUGCUGGAUUAGAACUCGUGUCCAAUGAUAGUGGCCUUAGGCUCAUUGAAGCUGGGAUCCCUAUGACUUUGUCGGAGUUUCUCGAUAAGAAGAGUAGAGACGAUGAAGCUGAGCUUGUCUUCUGGAAGGACAUUGAUGAACAAAAUCCUCAGUUCUCUCCACUAUUUUAUGUUCAGGUGACCAAUUUUGAAUGCGGCGGAUAUUCAGUCGGGAUGAGCUGCAACAUCCUUCUUGCAGACCUCUUAAUCACGGAUAAUUUCCUCAAGAAAUGGGUUAAUAUUCACAAUGAAAUGCUUUCCAAAGUUGAUGCAAUCGAAACUCCCAUAUUCUACCUCCCUACUCUCAAAAAGACUAGUGGCUCUCCAAGCAUUCCCAUCAUCAGGUCCGACCAAACCAAAAAUUGCGGCAAAACAAUGAUCUUCAAGAUUACUGACGAAAAUAUUAACUUGGAAAAUGAAUCGGGCAAGACACUCAUGUUAGUUUGUGUUAAGGAGACUGAGAAUGAGGUGGGUAGCAAAUUGGCAUCAAAGUACCCAGUCUUUCUGAAAGAACCCUUCAAUACAAUCAAGAUUGAAACUUGUUCGAGACUUGAAAAUGAGAUGGUUCCGUGGGAGUUGGAUGUUAGGAAUCAAGUCAGAGGCGAAAGUUGGGAUGAUUUAGGGGCCAAUGAGAUUGUAAUUCACAAAGGUAACAAACCUACUCGUGUUUCAUAUUGGAUGGGAUCAGUAAUGGAUGGAAUUGUCAUGGCACUCACAUCUACCGAAGGGGAAGAGGCUAAUUCUGGACCCAAUAUCAUUGUCUCGGUUCCUUGGAAUUAAACAUUUCUUCUCGGGAUCAUGUCAUGUAAAUUUAAUACUUGUUCUGUGUAUUUG